AUGAAGAUCUCCAUGUUUUCCGAACUCGCCCUGGGCAGGACACUAGUCCUUCUACUCUCAGCAUGCAUCGUCACUUCUGCAAUCAGCCUAGAUGCGAUUAUCCACAGGAUUCCACGCAAUUUAUUUGGACGAAGUUUACCGGGAUCUCUGGCUCUCGCACCAGAAGGCGCAGUGGGCCAGUAUCAACCUCCACCGGGGCCGGUCAUAUACGGAGCCCUACCGACGGAAACUGGUGAAAUACCACAGGGGACUCCAUUGGCAUCGACAACUCAGAGUACAAACACCAAACCAAUAGGAACUCCCAUUGACUCAGGGGAAAACAAACCCAAUGCCAUUGACGAUCCUCGCAAACAUAUCGCUCCCGUCUCGGAAAUGGACGCGUUUAUAAUGAAGACAUACACUGCAUCAGCAUGCAAAGGUGUAUCUCAAUCACUAGCGAGUUUAGUUGUCUCGGUCUCUAUCUCGCUAUUAUGCUUGUGA